UCCACUUUUUCUUUUACUUUCUUACUCUUUCCUCUCUCUUGCAAACGAAGCGAUGGAAGGAAUGAAGACCGGUAAACUUUCUUCCUGUUUCUGCGAAAGCACAAGGGCAUGACUAGGCAGAAAGUGAAACUCGCGUAUAUCAGUGAUUUGACGGCAAGGAAAUCGACGUACAAGAAAAGGAAGAAAGGUAUUAUUAAGAAGGUGAGUGAACUGACGAUUCUGUGUGGGAUCUCAGCCUGCGCUAUAAUUUCAAGUCCUUUUGAAGCUAAGGCAGAGAUUUGGCCAGAUCCUGAGGGAGCGAAGAAAGUGAUUGAGAAGUAUCUGGAUGCAUCUGUGAUUGAUGAAAGCAAGAAUGUGAACCAGGAGAGUUUCCUGAUGCAGAGGAUUGGCAGAGCCCAGGAACAGCUGAAGAAGCUGCGUCAGGAGAAUGAGGAGAAGGAGAAGAUCUUGUCCAUCUUCAGGUACAUGCAAGGUGAAGACCUCCCAACUGAUAUUCAAGAACUCAAACAACUCAAAAACCUCAUUCAGAAUACUAUGAAGGAAACUAAAAACAAGAUGGACGACCUCAAUUCUGAGUCUGUGUAGUGUCUUUCAGAACAUUUAAAUAAAAAACACUGCAAAUUCUAUCAUUUUACUGCUCUUAAUCGCAGAACAA